AAAAAGCUGGGAUCUGUUCCGUCAGUGCGACUUCUUUUUAAGUUUCAGAAAACCAUCAACAUACUGAUGUUUCUUUCCGGCUAAACUGGUGUGGAACUAGUCCGUACCGAAACUUGCCAGGUAAAAUGUAAACAAAUAAUUGCGCUCUUGUAACCUUAACAUUUUCAGAGGGAAGAAAGAUGGAACGAUCUUCUUUAACCAAAAGAUGUGUACAUAUUGAAGAACCGAAUGAAAAAUUAAAUCAGGAUGAUAUGAGAAAAUAUUUUCCAUCGGCCAAACAAAUUUGUACGAUUAAAAGUCCGUCACCAAAUGAGGACGAUCCAACAAUUCAUUGGUUGUUACUGUUUGCUUCUGAGGAAGAUGCUGAUAAAUGUGCUAAACAGAAAAGAAAAAAGGUUGAAGAUAACUAUGAUCUUAUGAUACAUCACUGCAACAGACCAUGUGAUAUUCCACAUGACUGGAUUGGGGAAGAAAGUUCAGGGGACUCUUUUGACAUAACAGGAGCAACAAACCAACCAGAAGAAGUCCACAAUCCACAAGUGCCAGGAGAAUUCAAUCAACAUGAACUUGGAGGAUACAUGCCACCUGUAGAAUGCAUGCCACCUGGAGCCGACAUGCCACCUGGGGAUUGGCCAUAUCAAUUUUAUGGACCCAAUGAACAAAAUCUAAGUGAGAAAAAAGGUCCAGAUGAUGUUCCAGGUCCCGCAGUUCAGCCUUAUCCUUAUUAUCCACAGUUCGUUCAAGGUUAUCAUGGAUUACCAGUCCAUCCAAACUAUCCCUAUCCACAAGAUGAUGGAAAUCAAUAUCCUACAAAAGGUGGACAGCAUCCACAACCUCACGAAGGACCACAAUAUAUGCCAAUAGGACCAAUUAAUCCAUAUCAACAUCUGGGUCACAUGGGAAUGCCACAACCAGAACAAGGAGGACUAAUUCUACAUCCUUCUCCGGUUGGACCACCAGUAGACCCAGACCAUACUAAUGUUAAAAGCCCAAUUCAUAACCUAGUGACUACACAAGUAGAGAAUCCAGAAAAGACUGAUGAGCAUAACUCUGAUGAAUCAUACAAAUCAGCAUCAUCUAACAAGGAUGAGGGGAGAGACUUUGUUAGUAAUACAACAGAAUGAUGUAAUCCACAAAAAAGUCAGUCUGUACACACUAACAUAAAGCAGACAUAUACUUUUUGAUAUACAUGUACAUGAAAUUUGCACCAACUUGUUCUUCUGUAAUGUUUUGACAAAGAGGUUAUGCUGCUAUUGAUAUUUUUUUAUUAAAGAAAAUCCAUGGGUUGAAAAACUACACACUCAUUUACUUUUGUAAUCAACACUGCUAGAGGAGAUAUAAUCACCGAUGGAGGUAUUACCAGCCACGUAUUCAUCACGUCUGAGUUUAUAUGACUUAACAUUUAUAUAGUCAUACUUAGAAAUUAAGUUACACAAACUUUCAACAUUUCAAAAAAAAAACGAAUUUUCUAUGUCAAGGAAAUGACAAUAAAAUAUUGAGAACAACA